UCUAAACAAACUAUGUACAAACAUUAAUAAUUUAUGUGUUGAAUAUUUAGUGUUUACUGUUUUUUACCGCCUAGUUCUUUAAUAUCUAAAUAAUGUCUGCAGUUUACUACUUGUUAAUUGUUACUUUUCUUUGUUAAUACUCACUAGUCACUACUUAAAAAAAACAGAAUAUUCCUUAUGAGAUUGACUGUUUGCCACCGAAAUAAGAUUUUUCACUGUUCACUGAUACAUUUUGAGGGCUUGGUACCUUUUAAUUAUUUUUUUUUCAUAGUUUCCAGCUUAACCUACUAAGUACUAUCCACAUAAUUAUAAUGAACAGUGACUAUAAAGUUUGCCAUACUAUUUCUGAUGUGAAAUCGGCGAUUUCUUUUGAAAAUAAUUCAUUUGAUGUUCGCAUUGAAUCUGAAUUACCUGAAACAAUAAAAAAUGAGAAAUAUAUUUUGGGAAUUGAUGAAGCUGGUCGUGGCCCUGUCCUUGGUCCAAUGGUAUAUGGUACAUCUUAUUGUUCAGUAGAUAAUCAAGCUUUACUAAAAUCAUUAGGAUGUGCUGAUUCUAAAGUUUUGUCUGAACAAGCUCGAGAUGAAAUUUUUGAUGGAAUAACCAAACAAUUUAAAUUACUUGGAUGGGCUGUACACAUCAUAUCACCAACUACAAUAAGCAAUUGUAGCUUUAGAAGGCAAAAGUGUUCUUUGAAUGAAAUUUCACAUAAUGCUGCAAUAGGUUUAAUACAACGAGUUUUAGACAGAGGAAUAAAUAUUAGUGAAGUAUUUGUUGAUACUGUUGGACCUCCUGAUAAGUACCAAGAAAAAUUAUUAUCAAUAUUCCCUCAACUAAAAAUAACAGUUUCUAAAAAGGCUGAUUCUUUGUUUCCAAUUGUAAGUGCUGCUAGUAUUUGCGCCAAAGUAACUCGUGACGCGGCGUUAAAAAACUGGAAAUUUAUUGAAAAACCUGGAGAAGAUAUUGAUUCUAAUUGGGGAAGCGGAUAUCCAAAUGAUCCGGUAACAAAAGAAUAUUUAAAAAAAAACAUAGAUCCAGUAUUUGGAUUUCCAAGUAUUGUUAGAUUUUCUUGGUCUACAGCAGAAUUAGUAUUAAAAAAUAAUGCAGCACAAAUAGACUGGUCUGAUGAAGAAGAGGAUGUAGAUAAAAAAUCAUUACCUAUAACAUCAUUUUUUGGUCAAAAUAGUAAACAAGUUCAACAGAAAACACCUUUUUUUGAUGAUAAGGGUAUAAUUAUUACAACUAAAUUUUAAUAAAUGAUA